AUGAUUUUUAUUUGGAACAACGCUGCUGAUGCCACAAAUUCUAGUCAUAAAUCUGGGCUAUCACCUCAUGAUGAGUCAUUUGGGCCUGUCAAGAAUCCUCAGAAUGUUGAUCGAGAUGAGAGAAGUCGUAAGUUACGAGUAGAAAAUUGGGGCAUUGGACAAGGAGUAGCAGAUCUCUUCGGCUCGGGCUCCACGUCGAACGCAAGUAAUGUAUACGUCGUGAGUGGUGUAGAUACAAGAACCACUCAGCAAUGGAUAACAACAACAAAUGCUAGUGCUAGUGAUGCUAGUGCUAAUGACCCUGUUCUCCAUUUGACCAAAGGUGCUUUUCUGAUAGCGGAGACGGCAUUGGGUCUCUAUAGAAUAAUGUAUGUCCAGCGGAGAAUUGAAGAGUCAAAUUACUAAAACCAUAUAUAGGAGGUUUGCGAGCGACGGUAGUGCCAGUGGAGUGGCGAGAGGGGUGGUAGCAAGUAGCAAUGUUUCAAACGUAGCCGCAUCCAACCAACCCACUCCUAACGGCCGAUGGCCACAUCAGCUGGAAUUUGGCUUUGAUUCGAAGGGAAGAGUAGCUUAUCUGCAAACCCUAGAAGCGCAAUUUCAAGCUCCUGACAUCCAAGCUGUUACGAAUGCGACGGGUCUUCCCCACCGCCUAGCCCUCAUACAUCUGGCUCAUUCUUUGAGCGCCCAACAAGUAACGACUGAUUACGGAAACGGCAUGAGAGUAGUUUACCAUGCAGGGGCUGUCAAUACUAUAAACGCGAUGCGACGAGUUAGGGAUGCGCCCAAUAGACCACCAUUAUCUAUUCCUAUGAUUCAGACUAGGAGGUCUCCAACGCCGGCAGCGACGUCUCCAACACAGAGAGGGACGUCUCCAACCCCGAGAGUGAGAACAACCACCAAGGUUGUGAAACCUGCGAAAACUUCCGACGGAAAGAGAUCUUCCAGAAAAAAGAAACCUUCCUCUGACGGAAAUAACGAAAAGAAAGCCCCUCGAAAGACACGAUUUUCUUGUUCGACGUUCUGAAAAUAAUCUCAGAGCAAAAGUCCUGCUUUCUUCCCCAAUUCCAGAAUUAACAACACCCGAGGAACUUCUUGCUCAUCUCGAUUAUUGGAAGCGAAUUUUCAAUGGUUGUUUCUUUGCGGGGUGCUUUCCUGACAUCGAAAUAAUCAUAGAAGAUAUGCAUCCCUACUGUGCUGGGUAUACUCUAUGGGCGCCGACAAGAAAAGAAGUACACAUAAAUCCAAAAGGUUCUUUGCCACCUGGUUUCAGUCAACAUAUCAAGAGUUUUGCCUUAGCGCAUUACUUCAUGAAAUGGUGCAUGCCUUUACCAUCCACUUUUCCUGUCUGAAAAGGAGUUGUUGCGGUAGUCGAUAUUUUAUAGAUGCUUCUUGUGGUGGAAUGGGCUAUUUUGGGCAUGGUCCAUGCUACUUAGACAGCUUAUUAACGGUCAGUGAUAGUUUGAGACGCAAUGUUGACUGGCCCGUAGAUACACUUCUGGAAUCCAGUGCCAAAGUUUCCAUGUUCGAAGAAGAUUGGCAACCAGAGAUUGCGCAGCUGGAACGCUGGGGGCUUGAUCCAAGGAUCUACGGUGAUGUCGAUACUUGGGGGACAUUUCGAGAUCGCGUCCUCCAUAAUAUUGCUGUUGCGAAUGGUACACAAGAAGGAGGUUAAACACCGUAAAGUGUCCCGGAACAGAUUCUAUGGAUUUGAGAGGAAGCUCUCAGGCAGAACCAUGCCUCUCAAACAAAUAUGAAAUUAUUGAAUCCAACUAUAGUAGGAGAAGCUCCUGUCUCGCCCCAAAGUGCUUUUUGGCGUACCCUGAUCGAAAACGCAACAUUAAAGAGUCC